GCUUUUGGGGGAAAGCCAAGGUCAGAACAUUCCCUCCCAUCGCCAGGACUUUGUUCCAGGAAGUUGACGUCCUUCUGAAGGUCUUGGUUGGGUGAUGUUUUGGGGUGUCGCCCGCUCCCUAGGGCUAAUGACUGAAGUUUCCACUUUGCUGCAGCCAAGCGCACGACCGGUGAGACCGCCACUUCCCAAGAUCCAUCGUUCCACCAGGCCCGUUCGGCCACCCAGACCCCAAGUUGUCCGAAGACCCAAAGGCAACGUGGCGAUGGAUGGUCGGAGGACAUCUGUCUCGAGCCCAGAACACCUGGCCAAGCCCACCCGCCACUAUACGGUCUUCCUGUUGGAGGAUUCCUCGGGCGAUGAGCUUCCUCAGGAGGACGGGCCGGCCUCUGCCUUCUCUGACAGCUUUCUCUUCUCGGCUCCUUUUGAAUGGCCUCAGCCAUAUCGCGCUCUGAAGGAAUCCGACAGUGGUGAUGGAGAAGAAGGCAUCAGUCCUGAGAGGUUCCAGGAUGACCGCCAGAUUGACCCAACCACUCCAGAAAGCCCCGCAGAUAUUAGUCUUCUGGAAGACAUUUUUACAGGACUGGAGGUGACGUCGCAACCACAGCCUCUCAGCCAAGCCAGGAGCUUGGAAGAUCUGAGGAUUUCCAAAGAGGAAGAAGACCAACAAUGCUCCUUUGAUUAUCAGCGGAUGGACCUUGGUUUUGUUGAAAAGAGCUGGACCACCCCAGGGAUGAAGCUUUCCCACCCUUAUAAGCAGUUCUGGGGCUUAGGCCAUGAUGACAUGGCCCUUUCCACCAAAUACUCCCCCAAAUCUCCCGAGAGACCCCUGAGAAUCGUGCCCCCUGUUCCAAGGAAGCCUCCCAGCAGAGAUGUCAUUCUGGACCUUCCCGAGAAGGACGUUGGAAGUUCUCCCGCUGCCCAAGGGAACAUCACCAUCCCGCGACCCCAGGGGAGGAAGACGCCAGAGCUGGGCAUCGUCCCACCGCCGCCUCCACCCCGGCUUUCCAAGCAGCAGGCACCCCCAGAAGCUGCCCCCUGCCCCGCAGAGCCUGGCCACCUGGCCUCAGAGCUCCUGCAGGAAACCUUUGCAGCCAGAAAUGUCUCUCUGGACCGGCAGCCGUCUGGUUUUGCUCCUCCCCAAGUCCAGCUUUCAUCCGCUGCCAUCCCUGAAGGAGGAAAACUGCUCCAACCAGUCAAGGUCAACGCAGAGGGCACGAGCGGAGACAGCGACUCUCUCCUUGCUCUUCUGGAUCCGCUGAAGUCAGGGGAAGCUCAGGAUGCCCGCUUUCCAUCCGGCUCCAGGAGCCAGCUGGGUUCCUCAUCUCCCAGCCCUGCCGGCAGCUUCCCAUCCACAGAGGAAGACCUCAUGCCCUCCACAUCAGCACCGUUCCGUCAACUGCUGGGAUACCCUCCCUCGGUGACGCCGUUUGGGCCGCCGUCUCUCAACCCUUUCGUACAAACCAUGCCGAUGCCUCCGCCACUCACCCUGGUCAGGCCCCUGGGCGGCCCCUUUGGUCCCUCGUUGGGCCAUGCGUAUAGUUCCAGUUACAUCACGUCCAACUCCAGCUUCUUCCAGCCCCAGAGGCCUCCCCUCAACCCUCUGACCCUCUCCAUGCCCAACCUCUUUGCCAAGUCUCCCUCCGCCCCACCGCCGGCUCAGCCUCCUUCCCAGAGCGGCGUCCUUCGACCGACGCAGCCCUCUGGCCCUUCUAAGAACCGGACAUUGCCUCUUACUCACACGGCGGUCAAGGCGAGGCUGGUGGUGCGGCCCAGCAACCUCCCGCUCCUUCCCCCCAAGACCAAGGCUGGAGAACCUGCCUUGUGUCCUUCGAAGACUCAGCUGGCUAAAGACCCCUUUGAAGAUUUGUUAAAUAAAACCAAGCAGGAAGUGUCCGUCACGCCCGGUAAAGUCGAGCAGUUAAGAAGGCAGUGGGAAACAUUCGAGUGAGUCCCAUGAGCUCACGACGUCCUAGACUACUGGGUGUUGGGUCAAUAUAGUCUUUCCCCAAGUAAAGCAGGGUCAACCAGCUGGCACAGCUUCCUCCCUAUUAGGAGGAAGCCCUGGCUAAGCUUUGAAUAGGAGCCAGGAGACACACACACACCCUUCACCUUUUCGCCCACCAAGGUCAUUGGGCUCCUUGACGUUCUUCCACUUUUCCUCAAAAUAAGUAGACAGUUGAUGAGAUCAAUCCUGGUCUCUUCUUGGCCAGCCUUGCCUCCCCAUAAUUAUGAGCCUGUCACAAGCCCAGGUGAGCACUUGCUUCCAUACCAGAUGACAUUUUGAACCCAACCCCAAGUCACGUUGAUCACGAUCUGAACCUUUUUAGAUAUAUAUAUUUUUUGGGGGGGAGGGGUACCUUCUCCGACAUACAUUUAGCUGCGUGGGCUCAAGGCCCCGUGUUGUCCUCCAGCUCCCUUCCCAGUCCCACCAAUCUCUGCACACAACAUCCCUUGGCUCAGCCACCCCACCCCACCCCACCCCACCCGUUUAACAUUCCCGCGGUGGCACCACACCCGCUUUUCAGGGAAGCGGUGACAUGCCGCUUCCUACCUAUCCACCGGUUGGCACUACCAGCAGUUGUUCCUUUUUUUUUUUUUUUAGAGCAACGACAUGCGAUUGUGGUGUCCCCAAGACCUCCUCUAACUCUUAACUGUGUUGAUGUCCCAUGAACAUGUAUAUGUAUAGUUACAAAAGUGUUACUCGGCGGCUUCCUUCCCCAGCCUGAUGGGAGGAGGAUGGGGGAACCAUCUCUGGUCUAUGGUAGUAUGGAAGGUGUGUUGACGGAUGGCAGCAUCCACCUGCUGCAUGAUGGAACAGGGAUGACAGUGGUGUUGGUAGGACGGUGGUGAUAGACAUAAUUUGUUAAAAAUGACUUUCCCCCCUGGUUGUGGACUAAUUGGCUUUGGUCUUCAUCACCUGAAAGCUAGAAGACUUCUACCUGCUACCUUUUAUCUCUCAACUCCUGCCGAAGACCCAGAUUUUCCCUCUAGGAUGUUUUGGGAGACGAAUGGUCCACCACGCUUCAAAAAUUCAGACCUGCUACAGGACUUCUUGGUACACCUGCCUCUGUUUCUUUUCCUCACUUAAAUUUGGGGGGGAGGGGGUUUAAAAAUACACCUGGGCAGUUUGUUGUUAUUUUAAUCACUUGUCGUGUGGGAAUUAGGCUAGCCAAAUUGUCUUAUGUCCACAAGAACUCACUGUGUGUACGAAACGUGAGAAGUCACUCUUCAACGCCAUCUUGGUUGCUUUCCCUUCCGUCUCUGAUCACCCUUUUGAGGUUUUCCUACCAGCUGAAGAAGUUGGUUUGGCUUCCCUCUCCACACCUGAGCCUAUAGAUUCCAAGAACAGGGUGGAUUCUUCC